AGUAACAUUUGUGUAUUUUCUAAAACAAGUGGACAACAAAAACAAAUAUCUGUGAAGGCAAUAUAUAUAAAUAUAUAAAGUUGUCAGCUGUGUUUGCUGGUGUCACAACGGCAAUGUCAAUUGUCGCAAUAGUUAUAUAUUAGCUUUUAUCAAAACGGAGAUAAAUUAAAACUGCAUACGUGCAAUGGAGGGCCAUGCAAAAAUAACACUAACUUUGUUAACGGUGAUUGUGCUGCUAACCAAAGCAAACUUGGCCAAAAAUCUGCAGGAUCUGGAUAUAGUGCAUUAUCAGCCGGAACAGGUGCACUUGGCUUUUGGUGAGCGCACAGCCAGCGAGAUUGUAGUUACCUGGUCAACGCGCGAAUUGCCAACAGACAGCAACAACAACAACAACAAUGAAAACAGCAGCAGCAUCGUUGAGUAUGGAUUGGAGGAUCUGAAGCUACGCGCCUAUGGCCAGGCUACCAAAUUUGUGGACGGCGGUCCCCAACAGCGCACACAGUACAUACACCGGGUGACCUUGCGCGACUUGCAGCCCAACAGCAGCUAUGUGUAUCAUUGUGGCAGUGGCUAUGGCUGGUCGGCGCUUUAUAACUUUCGCACUGUGGUGAGCGCUACGCCAGAUUGGUCACCAACGCUGGCUAUUUAUGGCGACAUGGGCAAUGAGAAUGCACAGUCCUUGGCUCGACUGCAGCAGGAGACACAGCUGGGCAUGUACGAUGCCAUACUGCAUGUGGGUGACUUUGCCUACGACAUGAACACGAAGGAUGCGCGCGUGGGCGAUGAGUUUAUGCGUCAGAUUGAAACUGUGGCUGCCUAUUUGCCGUAUAUGGUCGUGCCGGGCAAUCAUGAGGAGAAGUUCAAUUUCUCCAACUAUCGCGCACGCUUCAGCAUGCCGGGAGGCACAGAGAAUCUCUUCUACAGCUUCGAUCUGGGUCCAGUGCACUUCAUUGGCAUCUCCACGGAAGUAUACUACUUUCUCAAUUACGGCCUCAAGACGUUGGUAUUUCAGUACGAGUGGCUCAAGCAAGAUUUGGCAGCAGCCAACAAGCCAGAGCAGCGCGCCCAACGUCCUUGGAUUAUCAUCUAUGGCCAUCGGCCCAUGUACUGCAGCAAUGAGAACGACAAUGACUGCACGCACUCGGAGACGCUGACGCGUGUUGGCUGGCCCUUUGUGCAUAUGUUUGGACUGGAGCCGCUGCUCUAUGAGUAUGGCGUGGAUGUGGCCAUCUGGGCGCAUGAGCAUUCCUAUGAACGCCUCUGGCCCAUCUACGACUAUAAUGUGCGCAAUGGUACAUAUAGCUCGCCGUAUGAGAAUCCACGUGCACCUGUGCAUAUCGUUACCGGCUCUGCCGGCUGCAAGGAGGGUCGGGAGCCGUUCAAAGGCAAAAUACCCGAAUGGAGCGCCUUUCACAGUCAGGACUAUGGCUAUACGCGUUUGAAGGCACACAAUCGCACACAUUUGUACUUUGAGCAAGUGUCCGACGAUCAGCAGGGCGCCAUUAUCGACAAGUUCUGGCUGAUUAAGUCCAAGCAUGGCAGCUACGAAUCGUAAAAUAUAAACAACUGAAAACAAAUUAAUGGAAAUUCCAUCACACAGCAACUGGCAGUAUUAGUUUUAGCGCACAUUCUGCUUUUUAUGGCUCAGACUACAGAGUAUUAAGCAAAGCAUUUCUUGGACCAGUUUGCAAAUUCCUUUGCACAAAACAAUCAUAGUUUACUAUAGUUCAAUUUUCCGUUUUAUUUAAUGUCAACACACCCUAUAGUUGAAAUAUUUUAUGUUAAACAAUAUAUUGUAACACGCAUUUAAGAAGCUACGCAGCCUUAAUUGUUUUUAUCGCUUGCGAAUAAACAAAACGUGAUUUAAUCAAAGGCCAAUUAAAAUAAA